AUGUCCCCACUAAAACACGACGUACAUCAGGGAAGAUCUGCUACUCAACCUCACGUCUACACAUUACCCAUAGAAACGGUCGGUGCACCUGAAGCUCUGCUUGUCAACGAUCUUCAGGGGAAUGGGCUGGGUGAAGCAGUACAGCUAGUCCCAGGAGGUCAGCAAUUCUUCGAUGUCGGUACAUUUGACAACUUCGUCACUGGCUUCAAUUAUUGCGCACAGCCCAACCCAUUCACUGCGUCAACCUAUAUAGGACCCCCAGUUCUAGCGGUCAACCUUCGCUCUGAUGUGUGGGCAUUCUGCGCUGCGGGGCUAACGUACCUUAAGAAUGCUACAUCAGAACCUUGUUCCGACGUUCUUCUAGCUAUGACUCCCCCAAUCAACUAG